AUGACCACUGCUACCGUCACCGUCUCCACCAUUGCCACCGUGCCCGAUUCUUCGUCCAAGCAACAAAAUCCGUCUCGUUUGCUGGAGGGGCAUAGUGUUUGGGUCCAGCUCUGCCCGAAUGCUGACGCCGGGCCGGGAGCAGGUCUGUGGUCUCUGGUUUCAGAAUACUCUCUGGGUGUAGAAACUAAUAUCAAUGAAAUAGAUCUGACAUCUGGUGUAACUCCUUCUCUGAUUAACUAUUACAUCGAGUUUUGUGUCCAUCAAGUAAUUAUGAAGAACUCACCAGGUGUGUGGGUAUCUGCAUGGUGCCCAGCAGCGGACUGCGGUCCAAAGUCGAAAUCGUUUCCAAAAUCGUUGGGAGGUGGCGGGGGCACCAACCACGUGGGGAACGCAUCUUCAUCCCCCCAAGUGUUCUCUGGACUCGUCAACGGGCCGGGACCAUGCCCGAUAUUACGGCGGUGCAAAUAUCCUCCAAAGUGUCGCGUCAUAGUGGCGAGAAAAAAAACAGCACCAACAUGA